CGGAAGUAGAUAAAGAUUCUUAAUGGUAAGUAUAAAGAGGACUUCAAGUAUGUAAUAAAACAUUGUUAACUAACAAUGCAUAGCGCCAUCAUUUCACUAGCCGUAAUCAGUGUCGCUCUUGCGGCGUCGGUGCCCGCGCCAGCGCAGCAGCGAAUAGUCGGCGGCCGACCCACCACAGUAGACAAGUACCCGUUUGCUGGGAACAUUCAGAGUGAUUUAUUCGGCGUAGUUACCAGUUCCGUAUGUGGUGGCAGUUUGAUCAGUGCCACCGCUGUACUGACCGCUGCUCAUUGUGUUGGUUUUCCAGCCAGCGCAUACGGCGUUCGACUUGGAAGUGCUUACGCUAACAGUGGAGGAACCGUCUACAAUGUGGCUUCAUACGUGGUCCACCCUGACUGGACCUAUGUCGACGAGGGUGACGUGGCUAUACUGAAACUGGCCAGGCCUGUAAUAUUCAGUGACGUCGUAAGAGCUGCUCGCAUCCCAGCCAGUAUUUACCCGAUAGCAGAUGGGACUGAAUUGACUGCGAUUGGUUGGGGAAUUUUGUAUCCUGGAGGUCCUGGACCGGAGAGCCUCCAAGAAGUCCAGCUGAAGAAAAUCAACACGUCGAUUUGUGCCGAACGCUACAGGGACCUCAAUGCACAAUUAGAUCCAUCUCUUCAUUACCCUGACGUCACUGAUAGAAUGUUGUGCAGUGGCAUUGACGCCGGCGGCAAAAGCACUUGCAGUGGAGACUCGGGGGGUCCUAUCAUAGUGAAUGAUGACAUCGUGGUUGGAGUCAUCUCCUGGGUUGACCGUAAUUGUGGUGCGCCGCUGUACCCUGGCGUCAACUCACUCGUCAGUGCCUAUAGUGACUGGAUUGUUGAAAAUGCGUCUUAGAUUCGAGUAUUGUGGCUCUUUUCUGCAACAGUUGUAAUAAAUAUAUGAUAUUUUUA